UUCACCAUUUAAGACCUUAGCCCUGUCACCACCUCGGGUUGAAUCAGGCGCCUGUGCUCUGGGUUCCUUGUCCCACUGGGAUUAGAGCAUUGCGCGGCAGUUGUUGGUUUACUUCUUACGGGAAAGUGAGCUCCUUAAAAAAUAAGGACUGUGUUUCAAUCCAGGAUUUGGCACAUAGUUCAGCUGUUUGUAUACCUCUCCGGAUACCUAAAACCUGAUCACAUUUUUCCUUGGCCGGACUGCCUUCCUGGUAUCUAACCAUGCAGCGGAGAUCAAGAGGGAUUAAUACUGGCUUUAUUCUGCUCCUUUCUCAAAUCUUCCAUGUUGGGGUCAACAAUAUCCCACCUGUCACCCUAGCCACUUUGGCUCUCAACAUGUGGUUGUUCUUGAGUCCCCUGAAGCCGCUGCACAGCUCCUGCCUCAGCGUGGAGAGGUGUUACCAGCAUAAAGACUGGCAGCGUUUGCUGCUGUCUCCCCUUCACCACGCCAGCGACUGGCAUUUGUACUUCAACAUGGCAUCCAUGCUCUGGAAAGGAAUACAUCUGGAAAGAAGACUGGGAAGUAGAUGGUUUGCCUAUGUCAUCACCACAUUUUCCCUACUCACUGGGGUGGUGUACCUGCUCCUGCAGUUUGCUCUUGCUGAAUUUAUGGGCGAGCCUGAGUUCAGAAGGAACUGUGCCGUGGGUUUCUCAGGAGUUUUGUUUGCUUUGAAAGUUCUUAACAACCAUUAUUGCCCUGGAGGCUUUGUCAACGUUUUGGGCUUUCCUGUACCCAACAGAUUUGCUUGUUGGGCCGAACUUGUGGCGAUUCAUUUAUUAUCACCAGGGACUUCCUUCGCCGGGCAUCUGGCCGGGAUUCUUGUUGGACUAAUGUACACUCAAGGGCCUCUGAAGAAAACCAUGGAGGCAUGUGCAGGCAUUUUCCCCUCCAAUACUGGUUACUCAGGACAGCAGUACUACUUUAAUAGUUCAGGCCAUUCUGGAUAUGAGAAUCAUUAUCCGUAUGGCAGGCCAGGCUACUAUGAAGAAGCACCCAGGAACUACGAUGUAUACACAGCAGGACUGAGUGAGGAGGAACAGCUGGAGAGAGCAUUAAGAGCCAGCCUUUGGGACCGAGGAAAUACCAGAAACAGCCCACCGCCUUACGGGUUUCGUCUCUCUCCAGAAGAAGAGAUGAGGAGACAGCGGCUUCACAGAUUCGAUGGCCAGUGAGGUGGCACCGGGGCCGGGGAAGACAUGGUCUAGUCAUGUAAUUAUUGCCCUUUCGGUUCAUUCCCCGGGCACCUAGUUGGUUUCAAACAAAAGCGGAGUGCACCGUUACCGCCCCAGACGGCUGCCAUCUGCCUUGAACUCCGUCCUGUGUCCCCGUGAGUGUAGAUUCACAAGCCGGACGACGGCUCGUUCUGGGAGCGGCCCCUUCUCCUGGCCUCCUCCUCUCUCACACGCAGGCCACUUCCUCAACCCAGGGACAGGUUUCCACACUCCGUCCUCUCACUGCUGACUCGGCGCUGCCUCUGCUUUGUUUGACUUUUGAAGACUGUGACCUUCACCGGGAGGUUUUAGUUCACCGGUCGGGAAGCCCAGUCCCCCGCUCUGCCUGGAGUGCCUCGUGUUUGACUUGGCAGCAGGUGAGGACCGUCCCCUCGUCCUACUGGCAGGUUGCCCUGGUGGCUGUCCAGGAACGGGGAGUGGCUGGCCUGGCGGGAUGCUGCUCUGUCCCUCCUCACCCAGCGGCCUCAGCUGCUCAGGCCCCCGCGUCCGCGUGGCGUUUUCAGUGCGUCUCUUCGCUCUCGUACUGCCCCGCCUUUAUAUUUUAAUAUUAAUAGAAUGUUUUACUGAAAAAAGUGUAAGAAAGGUCGGGAAGACACCUACACACUCCAUUAGAUAUCAGGUGGCCCCGGCAGUUUAGGUUGAUAGCCGCCUCUCCAGUGGCAAUAUGUGCCCCCAGGAGAUGGGACUUGUCAUUUAACUCAACAGCAAAGUAGCCACAGGUGCCACCUACAGAGUAGAGCAAAGGCAUCCAGUGGCUCAGUCACCAGAAAGUUUUCUUACAGAAAGUAUUUUUUUUUUUCUUCAUAAAAGUGCCUCUUAAUUGGCCACCGUAGCAGCCACCUUUCCUGGCCAAGUGUUCAAAACAUGCUCUGGGUCCUGCAAUGUUACAAUCCGCAUAUUGUCUGUCCAGGUCAUUUAAGGUGUUUCCUGGUGCUUGUGUCUCAUGAAUAAAAGGACAAAGUCAAAACAUGA